CCAGCAGAUGAACAGCAAUUUUACGUUGAACCGGAGGCUCUUAAAAUAUUUCGAUUUUCCCUCUACGCGGUUAUCAUCGUUUUCGCCCUGGUGGGGAAUGUAACCGUGUGUGUGAUCUCCCGUCGCAACCGGCGUCUGCAACGAAGUACUUACUGCUUUAUAAUGAACUUAGCUGUGUCUGACAUUGGUUCAGUGCUCUGCCUUCCGUUUUUGCUACCAGAGUUGUUCAUUGGCAAUUGGUUGAUGGGCGAAGUCAUGUGCAAGCUGCUUAAACCUAGUGUUGUCGUUUUUAACUUUGUCACGACCAACACGCUAGUAGCGAUCGCUUGCGACCGAUUCCGCGCCGUUGUGUUUCCUUUCGUAACACGUCCAACCACGUCGGAAACACGUCUCAUCUUAUCUUUGCUGUGGUUGAUCGCUUUUUUGUUUUCACUUCCAUCGUACGGUGCUAUGACGGUCUACAGCUUUCCUGAAGCACCCGAUAUCUACUUCUGCUUGGACAUAUUCUCCGAGGAUACAAUAAAGGAUACUUUGUAUCGUCGAAUUUACACGAUAAUAAUGUACAGUGUACAGGCCUUACUUCCAGUGGUAGUUAUCUCCGUGUUAUACCUCAAAAUCACAGCAACGUUAAAGAAUAUCCGCCUGAUACCUCUAUCCAUCAGGACUUUGCGGUCUAGCUCUUUAAACUCCACGCCCAGUUCAAGCCCAAGGUCAUCAGUUGUACAUAUAAACAAACUGAACAUGAAUCCCGCAGGAUUUGUACGAAGGCAGUUAAUGGAGAAAAAAUUUUUGAGAAUGCUUAUGACUGUGUUGCUUCUUUACGUAUUAUGUUAUCUCCCAUUCCAAACCUUUUAUCUCGUUUACGAAUUCACCCCAGGUUUGUACUACCUCCCUUAUUUGCAAACGUUAUCCGAGUACUUGUACUUGAUUGUUUGGCUGCCCAACGCACUUAACCCCGUCUGUUACGGUUGUAUGAACGAGCAGUACAAGCGUGCUUUUAGGGCGCUAAUAUUUCGACCCAGGAAGUUCUUCCAAACUCUCAACUUGCGGCCGAGUUUCAGUCAUUCGACCGUGGUAAGGACGUUGAGCAAAAACAGAAGAUCUUGACGAUUUCAGUCCGCGAUAUUUAAAUCUAAGUGUUCUUCGCUUAAAUAGUUCUACUCUCGUCAGAUCUUUAAGGGAACAUCCACUGUCAAAUUUGUAACGAGUGAAACAAAGAAUCUUCUCUUACCAGAAGCAAUGCGCUUCUGGUUGACACAUCGUCAGCGUGAGUAUCGUUAUUGUUCUACUAGUGGUUGUUCCCAUGGAGAACAGAAGAACUACUUUAAGCAGUCUUAAAUUUUAAAAAGAAUAAGGAGAAAAUCUAAUUAGGCUUAUUAUUUAUUUAAAUCUUAAAGCUUUCUUAUCGUGUAAUAUAAUGUAUAAAUGUAAAGGUGGAAAAGCUUAUUAAUGUCUUAAAUUUCAUGGCGCUUAUACGCUGCCAUAGAUAUUAUUUAAAAGGUCUGUAAAUAGGUUAUUGUUUAAUUAAGAAAGGCAUCUAACUAAGAUUAUUAUACAUAUUGUACUCAUUAUCUGUCUUCUCAUUGGCUAACCGCCUACAGCUAAUUUUGCAAAUCUGCGCAACCUACAGAUUAGUUAGUUUUCUGCUAGCAGAUAACUGACUAAUCUGUAGGUUGCGCGCGCAAUGCAGGAUCAAUUCAGGUUCCUUGCGACGGUGUGUUUGUCGUUAUUUUCUUCAAAACAAUGUAUAAUAAACAAUUAUUAGAUUCGGUUUUCGUGAUAUCCUAAGUAAUCAAGGUCUCGGUAAGUGUUAUCAGCCUCGGCCUUCGGCUCGGCUGAUAAUACUUGCCUCGACCUUGAUUAUUUCGGAUAUCACAAAAACCUCAUCCAGUAAUUGUUUAGUAGUCUUUGUAGUUUAUAUCCCGAGAUACGAUUUUCUAACCCCGUAACGUGAUUUUCUGUUUUGACUUUCUGGCUAAUCAAAUAGAUUCUAUUCUUCCGACUGUAUGUUCAAUUCUAGAUCCCAAAAGUUGUUACAAUGUGGUAAUUAUUUCCAUUACGAGAUUACUAAAGAAACAAAAUCCUGCCAGCUGCUACGUCAGUGCCCUAGCCUAGUUCCCAGUCCUCGUUAUUUCGGGCGUCGUUUUCUUUUUCGGUUCACGUGGUCCUCGAGAGGUUCAUUGUCUCAAAGGCUUGGGGAUAUGGACGUACGACGAAAAACUACUGCCCAGGCUUUUGCGAUAUUGACUGCCAUCGAUUUAAAACAAACAAACGAACAACAAAUAGCAAGAUGUUACGACAAAAAGCAAAACAAAACAGAAGAAAAACAACAAAAAUGGAUAACGGCCGCCUGACGCUUUGUGUAUCGGAUGGUUUUCAAUGCGAUCUCUCUAAAUUGUUAACUGUUUGAGACUUUGUAAACAAUUUAAGAUUCUUGUCCGAUAAAAGUUGCGGUUGAAAUCUAAAAAUUGUUUGUUCAGGUUGGGUAAAUUGAUAAUCAUUCGGUGUUCUACCCUUGCUCGUAAUUCUUGAUAUCAAGGUUGUUUUCUUUCCUGUCGGGUAAAAGUUAGCUUUAAAAUGUUGAAUGACCCGUUACCCAAGGGCGUUUCAUAAAAAUACCAAAGCAUCCCUUCGGAACGUGAAGCGACCCGUAUCUCAUUUAAUUGCAAACUGUUAGCGAAGAAUAUUCGGUAAUGAUUAUCAACAACUAUUUGCGUUCUUUAAACUGACAGAUCUUGUUUUCAGCCCGGUCGACCUCAUUUGAACUUUAACAAGUCCUGAAGAGAUCGAUUACUUCUAUAAUAGCGUAAAUUCUAGACAAGUUUCCUGUCUUGCGAUAAGUUUCAAGCUGAUGAGCAAGUUGUCGUAUACGAAGGAAUCAUUUGAUCAAGUGAGUCUUUAAAGAUUACGAGAUAGAAACUUCAUUUAUUGAUUGUUUUUGUUAGGAAACAUCAUUGCUACUAAAAAGAAGCCUAUGCUUGAAAUAUUCGUCAAUGAACGGAUCUCUUCGAGUGUAGGUAGGGUUCUCGAAUUCGCAAAUGCGCAUUUAUCGCAUUAAUAACCAUGUGUAAACUGUACUGUAAUGUUGAAACAUCUUCGAACUCAACAGGUAAUUGGUAAUUCUCAUAACCUAAAAUCCUUUAUUGCGAAUACUACUCGGCCCACUGGCCAGAAUUCAGUGAAUAGGAGUGUUUGUUGAAUAUUUUACGUUGUCAUUUACUUGUACUUUAAGAUUAACCCCUGAGGCGAUUCAAACAGAUUUCAGUCUUUAUUAGCACAAUCUUUAUAAUCCAUGUAUGUCUGGAAUUCCGAAAUGUAUUUGUUAUAACUAAGAAUUUUAAUCAGUGCAGUAGCGUACCGUAACAACAGCUGUCUGUUAUGGUUAAAUGUAACUUCCAUGAACACGUAUAUAUAAUGAUAAUGCAUUAUCGUUCUCUUCCGUCUAAGCCCGCAUAGAACUAGAGGAGAAUUAGCGCUCGUUGAAGCAAAUGUGCAAAUAUAUAAGUUGCUAAAUUUAAGGUGACUCGACCCAGUUUUUUUGGGGGGGUACCAUCCUACUUUGAAGCUCUCUGGUAUCCCCACCUUUACUUUUAUCGUAAGUCUAACACAUAGAAUGGAUAACAUAUAGAUUAAUCUACAAUAUAACAUAAAAUUUUUGGCGAUCGGAGUAAAUGUCACGUGGUUAUAAUGCCACGCCCCUUUGAGGUCUGAGUCGAAAAUCUGCUGUUGCCGGCAUUUUUUUGUGAAAAUCUCUCGGCUACACAUAGUACGCAUUAGUGCCUUGCGCUGAACAGAGUUUCACCAAAAUCGCAAAGACCCAAUUCGAGAAAUUCAGCGGUUUCCAAAUUUAGGUCAUAAUUUAUGCGAAAAUGAUAAGCAAACUUUACACGAUUAUAUCUAAUAGUCUAUGAGACCGAUCACUUUAUUUUGGGGAUCGUUAUAACAGAUGGGUCAUUGCAAGUCAGCAAAAAGCUUUAGGGCCUUCUAAAUGCGCGCGAUUUCGAGCAAAGCAAACAUAUAGAAAUUAUAGUUUUUGCUAUUUAUUGACGUUUGUCAGCGUUGAAGAGUCCUUCUCACGAAAAAAGCAUUUUCUUAAAAAAUCGUAGUUUUUUUUCCUUCAAAUUUUUUCAGGGCCACAAUUGAUUAACUAACUACCCGGACUGUGAAUUUCAUGGUCAUUGAAAAACUGUGACAUUAUCUUCUAUAAGCCCAAACUUGAGUAAACAUUGAAGAUUUUUAGCGUUUUGGCUGAGUUUGUGCUGUGGGAAUUGUCUAUUGUUUCUAGUCUGUCAUUAUACAGCAUUCUUGUUCAGCACGCGUGCAAUGACCACGCUUGGCUGACUUGCAAAUGCUCACCGAGAACGCUGACAAACGUCAAUAAAUAGCAAAAACUAUAAAUUCUGACUCCACUACACAACAUCAACUGACAAAACGUAAUGGCAAAUAAGUUUAUUUUGGGACGGCUCGGCGAGAACCAACCCUACAAAGUAUUUAUGUAAAUACAAUAAUAGGUGAAUACUGGUGAAUACCUAAUGUACAACACUUGUAAACUAGCUUUCACAAAAAGAUAAAACUCGUGCGACAAAUGGUCGCUCUUGACCUGAAUCUCCCAUUUAAGCAGGCAGGCUUAGUGCCAGGUAGGCUGCCAGUCAUUCUGGGGAAACUAAUUAAUAAAACUCAGACAACGCAUAACUGGCACACGGAACACGGUAGUAGCACAGAGGCUAAACAAAAAGAAAAAACUCCUCACAACUGGUCGAUCUCGACCUGAAUCCCCCAAAUAAGCACACAGGCUUAGUGCCAGUUAGGCUGCCAGUUAGGCUGGGGAAACUAAUUAAUAAAACUCAGACAACGCAUAACUGGCACGAGGAACACGGUAGGAACACAGAAGCUAAGCAAAAAGAAAAAACUGCUACAACUGGUCGAUCUCGACCUGAAUCCCCCAAAUAAGCACACAGGCUUAGUGCCAGUUAGGCUGGAGAAACCAAUUAAUAAAACUCAGACAACGCAUAACUGGCACGAGGAACACGGUAGGACCACAGAGGUUAAGCAAAAAGAAAAAACUGCUACAACUGGUCGAUCUCGACCUGAAUCCCCCAAAUAAGCACACAGGCUUAGUGCCAGUUAGGCUGGAGAAACUAAUUAAUAAAACUCAGACAACGCAUAACUGGCACGAGGAACACGGUAGGAGCACAGAGGCUAAGCAAAAAGAAAAAACUGCUACAACUGGUCGAUCUCGACCUGAAUCCCCCAAAUAAGCACGGAGGCUUAGUGCCAGUUAGGCCGGGGAAAUUUAAUAAAACUGUGAUCAACGUAUAACUGGGACCGGGAACACUUCAGGAGCACAGAGGCUGAGUGCCAGGAAAACUGGGAAUUAUCUCCACUAAUGUACCCAACAAGGCACGUAGCCCCCAUUAACCAGUAAGACUGCCAUAAAAGGCUAGGGCGGGACAUUGAGGGUAAACAAUGAAUAACGACCCUGGCUAGAGGUCUGUAACAUUGCCUGCAACCUAACUGCUCCAAUAAUGACUUACGUCGCCUCCUAAAGAGCGGUUCCGGGACAGCUGACCUAAGCAUACAUGGAAACUAAAUAUAUCAAGUAAAGGAGCAGGUGCAAAACUGAGAUAACUAGUGUACAAGUACAUAAAAUAAGAAACGGGAAAAAGGCUGAAAACUAGCAGAGCUGAGCUACCGCUUACAAACUGAAGUAAAUGCGGUCAGACGGAGGCCAGAAAAAACCUAAAAAAAAAAACCCCGAAGGAAAAAAAUGCGGGCAGGAAAUCUGGGGUAGGAACCAAGGCUCAAGCUCAAAGCCCUUCCUACGGGACUUAACAAUGUAAUCGAGAAUAUGUUGCUCCUAAAAAUAAAUAAAACAAAAAUUUAAGAAAAACCAAGGAGAGGUUGGUUCGUAAGCCUAGAUGACGAACACGUGAUAUACGCAGCCUUAUAUACCCCCGAUAUGGCUACCCAUGGUGCACCCGGCCUAGUACCCAGGCCCUGUUGUAUCUCGUGCCGUCAAAAUAUUUAUUUCUGCCUUCUUCGCGGGCUCAUUCGUCAGAAAUAACAUAUUCUGACUCCACUACACAACAUCAACUGACAAAACGUAAUGGCAAAUAAGUUUAUUUUGGGACGGCUCGGCGAGAACCAACCCUACAAAGUACGUAGAGUGACAAAGUAUUGGGCGAAAUGACAAAUGAAAGCUCCUAGAGCCCAAGAAACUUGGAAACUGAAAGCCUUUUUUCUAGGUCAUCAUCGGUAGGCGUCCUUGGCUAGAAUGGACUUUCAGCGGCCGAGCCACUGAAAGACACUGUCACAAACCCCAUUAUAAGCAGCGAAGGUGGCCCCUCACGAACGUAAGGAAUAUAAACCAAAAGUGGAAGAGUCAACCCCGACAAUUCUCAGGUCCUUGCGAAAAGCCUCUCUAAUUGUGGUAUAGCUGAUAGGCUCGUUCUGGGAAACUAACUAAAAAGAGUUGUUCCCGCGAAACAUGGGGCAAAAAUGAGAUCCCCGGAGCUAAAGGGGAUGGAAAAAAGAGCAAGGUACCUCUUUAGAAGCUUGACAGGACAAGCGGGGCCAAACAUUUCCGAAAAAAUCACUUCGAGUCAUCGUCCUUACAAAGUUGGUCGUUCUUGCUUUUGAGAACCUUAAUGAUCAUGAAACCCUCAUGAAAGAAAAUAUAAUACCCCCUAAUUAUGGAGACCUCAUCAAACCUAAAAUCGUUUUGAAAACACACCUAGCCCCUUCAAUAAUCGAGUUAUCCCUGGGGAGGGAUACCCGCCAUGGUAUGAAUCCAUUUAAUACCAUAAACAUCCGAGUCUACGACGCACGGGAGUGCGACUCUUCAAUGAGGUGUCGCAAAUACAAGGCAACAUGGCAGGGACUGGCAGGACAGGCCCAGGAAUGAAGCUUACUGGCAGCAAAACAUUUUUACUUGCGAGAAGCACGAAGGUACACCACUGUCGUACUAACUGCCUUUGAGGAGAGAACCGUCGAUUGCAUUGUAGACUGUCUGUCAGCCUCAGGGUUCAACCCUCUGGUGGGAAAUUCUGGGGCCCGCGCUAGAAACCAGAGCGGAAUAUAUCUGAAAAGUAAUCGAAAAUACAACAGAAAAUGUGAGGAUCACGCAAUAAAAAAGAAAAAACACCGGAAAAGGGAAGCGGGGGGUCAAAAGGCUACAUGCAAGAACCUAAUGGGUCCAAACCUAAAGGUACGCAUAACACGCGUGUAGAGGCACAGGCAACACUUUCCGUCAGGCGGCGUAGAGCAGAAGCCCGCCAGGGACGAGGGAGGUGUGGGGCGCCGAAAAUAAACUAGAAGCGCUAUGACGCCAAAAAAUAAAGGCCUGGUUCUGAAAAGGGAAUUACGGACCUUCCCUGGAACAAAUAAUCCCUGGAACUUAAGCAAUAAAACCCAGUCCACAACAAAACUAUUCCAAUGCACUCCAUCUCUAGUAGAAACAUUUCAGAAAAUAGCUGACUUCCAUACGUGAGGAAUAAGGGCUCCCGUGAGCGCGCAGAGCCCAAUGUGUCUGAUAUACAUGACUCUAACAAUGAGGCAAACAGGUGGGCCAAGCCAGUUGUUGUCCUAUCCCCAAUUUUGAGCGAAGGCAUAAACAGCCUAACAGCCUGGCUGAAAAAAUAGAGAGUUAAGCCAAGGCAACUCGCCGUUGUAACUACAGGCGAACCUGUCAAUAAUGUAAGGACCUAAGAGGUGAAUUAGCCCUAGCAAAACAAAAUCGUUGAGGCCGUAACCAUCGAAGUCAACGAGCUUGCAGAUACAGACCGCACUAGCGUUCAGGUCCCUAGGGAUCCACUUGACCUCGAACGAAAUACAAUGAUGGGAGCAAAUUUGAAAAGCAACUAGAGCUAAAUUCUUUGAGAUCGCAUUUCCUGCUGCCGUCGCGGAGAAUGGAUUCGACGUUCUGGUUGUCAGAAUACCAAAAAACCUUGGAAUUAGAUGAAGGGCUCGCGAAGGCUAGUAAGGCAAGACAAACCGCUUUGAGGUCUCUUCAAGUCGAUCUACGAACACUUUCCGACCAAUUCCGAUAAAAAUCAACUCAGGUUCAGACUCCACUUAAACGCCGCAGGCUGAAUCGGAAGCAUCGGAGAAGCCGGAGCUUACUCUCACUGGAAGCGAACUGGAACCCCUCGAUAAAUUUUGCCGUAGAGGCUAACAUAAUUCGACCAAAAUUCAAUUUCAUACAAAGAAUCAACGGACAGGAAAACCUAGCUAUCCCAGGAAACAGCUGAGUAAACAACUGAGAAAAGAAAUCGGGCCAUAAUGCUUCGACGGAUCCCACGCUACUCGAGAGGGAAAUACUAUGGGCGACUACACACGGGACGCGUAGAACGUGGACUGUGGUGGACGACUAAUAUGAAGACAAAGCCGCCAGGUCGCGAGAUAAUCUAGCAAUGCGUUCAUCCGUGGCUCUAAUACUUCCAUCCAGAGUGUUAUGUUGAGAUGAACGCGAAGCCACUAGAAAAUUCGAACGGGCUCCCACAGGGACUUUUCCUCAUAGGAAUUCGAACAAAGCGAGACUAAAGCAAAUCGGCAUGGACAGCCCGCAAACUGUAAAUUAAGGCCUGAACGCGAUAGGCUCCCCUCCUAUAGCUAGACCAUAGUCAAGAAAAAUGGCAAUAGGGAUGCCUUGGCUUCUUCUAGAUUUCUGAAGCGGUUUGAGGGAGGCUGACAAGAACCCAAAGGGAAGCGCGCAAAGUAGAAAAUACCUAAAAACCCAGGUACCGAGAUCCCAGGUGAACGCAAGGAAAUACUGGUGAUCAGGGAAAAUUACGAUAACCGCAAUAGAGGUAAAAUAUGAAUAAAUAAAAACCCAUAUCAAAAAUAUAAGUGGCCAUGGACAAGUCUUCGCACUUGAAUUUCUGUUUGAAGAAAAAAAAGCAAACGUGCCUAAAAUCCAGGAUUAACCUUUGUUAGCCGGAGCGGCGCGUCAAACAGAAAGCGGGUAAAUGAUAUUGGAAUGCAAAAACUUUUAAAAGGAGGUUGAGGCUGGGAAGCUCAUUAACACCUACGGACAAAAAGAACUGUAAACACGUGCAGAGGCAUUGUAGGAUUUGUAAAAAUACAUAAAAAGCUGGAAGAAGGGAAUUUGUAACUAAGACUAAAAACAUUCAAAAUGAACAGAGAAACUAGCAAAGUAUGCCAGAAAUAGAUAACUGUGAAAAAUCCUCCCCAAACUGAAGGCAGAAUAGAAAUAUCAACGGUACACUCAGAGCUCUAAACCGCGCCUAAAACUAGCGGGGUGAACGUCAGAAGAAACUGGUAUAAUAUCGAGACAAUCCUGAUCCAUAUUACGGCUUGCCGCCUAAAAAAUUCAGUACUAAAUUAGAAUAGACUGCACCUGAUUGUUGUCCUUCAUCUAGCCAUUUGGGAGUUUGGGAUGUUUGGCUCGUCCAUCGUCGGGUAACAGGAACGCUUUCCACGGGCAAAACAGGUCCCGACACUGGGUCGUCGAGAAGGCGAAAAUUAAAACAGGAACGUUUGACAUGAGGCUGGGGUUGCAUAUGUGAAGUUGAGGUGGACGCCGGCGUUCCCACUGGCGAGGAUCUGUUUUUGAGUGGUCUUCUUCUUCUUACGGGCCUAGUACGCUACACGGCCGCAAAAUUCUGCACUGUGGAUCCUUUAAAACUGGUUUUCGUUGGCCUUCUUCUUGAACUUACGUGGUUCGUUAUACUUUAGUUUCUUAAUUUCCUUCAUCUGCUGCUCGGCCAAAUAUUCAUUAGCGCGCUUGAUUUGACCAACGGUUUCUGUUAACAAAACUUUAAACGAGUCCAUUAACUGUUUGUUAUUCACCUCAACGAGAUCCGACACUUCGUCUUUGCUGACGGAUAUAACGCAAGAAAGAGCCGAUAAGAACGUUAAGAAAAACCAAGGAGAGGUUGGUUCGUAAGCCUAGAUGACGAACACGUGAUAUACGCAGCCUUAUAUACCCCCGAUAUGGCUACCCAUGGUGCACCCGGCCUAGUACCCAGGCCCUGUUGUAUCUCGUGCCGUCAAAAUAUUUAUUUCUGCCUUCUUCGCGGGCUCAUUCGUCAGAAAUAACAUUUUCUAUAUGUUUGCUUUGCUCGAAAUCGCGCGCAUUUAGAAGGCCCUAAAGCUUUUUGCUGACUUGCAAGGACCCAUCUGUUAUAACGAUCCCCAAAAUAAAGUGAUCGGUCUCAUAGACUAUUAGAUAUAAUCGUGUAAAGUUUGCUUAUCAUUUUCGCAUAAAUUAUGACCUAAAUUUGGAAACCGCUGAAUUUCUCGAAUUGGGUCUUUGCGAUUUUGGUGAAACUCUGUUUAGCGCAAGGCACUAAUUCGUACUAUGUGUAGCCGAGAGAUUUUCACAAAAAAAUGCCGGCAACAGCAGAUUUUCGACUCAGACCUCAAAGGGGCGUGGCAUUAUAACCACGUGACAUUUACUCCGAUCGCCAAAAAUUUUAUGUUAUAUUGUAGAUUAAUCUAUAUGUUAUCCAUUCUAUGUGUUAGACUUACGAUAAAAGUAAAGGUGGGGAUACCAGAGAGCUUCAAAGUAGGAUGGUACCCCCCCAAAAAAACUGGGUCGAGUCACCUUAACUAACUGAACCAUCGGUUUCUGUCCCUCUCUCUUUCCAUCAUAAUUGUCGGAGAAAAUGAGCAUUUAAAAUGUUUCAAGCCACUUUAUUUAGUUUUAAGGAAAGAAAAUCAGGCUGUAUCGAAUUCAAACGCCUCAACCACAAAAACAUGACCGAUCUGCAAGUUAAUUUAGCGGUUUUGUAAGUUUUAAACCGGAUACAGCCUGAGUUUGUUUUCAAGAGCUUAAUAGCCAAUAGUUGCAAGGCCUGUAGACUUGCUACAAGUCGACCUAGUUCUUAUCCCGAGCGAAAGAAGCUAGGCUAGCGAAGCGACCUUCAUCGAGGUCGCGCAGCGACCAAGCGAUCGACGAAGUCGCGAGGCAUAACCAACCAGGAAAAAAAAUUUAAAGGGCUUUUAGAAAGUCUACAAGCCUGCAUGGUCCAAGCUCCCACUUGGUCAGGGUGACCGUGCAAUAGAAAAAACAACAAAACGAAAAAACUGGAGGAUUUUGUCUUGUCACUUGUGCCGACAGACUGAGAGCUUGGUAAAGGCUGAUAGUUUUGUGCCAGAUGCUUUUGCUGAAAGUAUGAAAUAUCCACAAAUCUCUAAAAUCUCUGUUAUUUAUUGCAGGGACAACAAGCAGGCUAUGUCAGCAAAUAUUAACGCAUCAACAGUUGUGAGUAUCAUUACCGCCUCGACAAAAGGAAAUUAUUGAAGUCGACACCUUGGAAACAGUUAUCCAUGGCUUCUGACGUCAACGCAUCCAUUUUUCCUCCAAACGAUUCUGAGUACCGAAUAUUAACAAACGAACAGCAGUCUUUUAUUGAACCUAAUGGUCUCAAGAUAUUUCGCUUUAUUAUGUACGCGCUGAUCAUUCUGUUUGCUCUAGUGGGGAACGUAGCAGUGUGUGUUAUAACACGCCGUAACCGUCGCCUUCAGACAAGCACCUACUUCUUGGUUAUGAACUUAGCGGUUUCUGACAUUGGGUCAGUGCUUUGCCUUCCGUUUUUGUUACCAGAGCUUUUUGUGCAAAGCUGGAGGAUGGGAGAAGUAAUGUGCAAGUUGGUUAAGCCCAGUGUUGUCGUGUUUAACUUUGUGACGACCAACACGCUGGUGGCGAUCGCAUGCGAUCGAUUCCGCGCGGUUGUGUUUCCUCUUGUGCCUCGCCCAUCAACGUCGGAAACGCGUCUCAUCUUGUGUCUGCUGUGGUUAGUUGCCUUUUUAUUCUCUUUGCCGUUGUACGGCGCUAUGACGCUUUACAGCUUUGAUGAUGAGCCUUACAAUUAUUAUUGUCUGGAUAUGUUUUCUUAUGACGGUGAAAAAGACACUGUAUAUCGUCACGUUUACACAAUAGUAUUGUACAUUGUUCACGUGAGUCUUCCUGUGCUUGUGAUCUCUGUAUUGUACCUUAAAAUCACAGCCACACUGAAAGAUAUCCGACUUCUACCACUAGUGCUCAGACCAAAUCAGUCCAGCUCUCUGACCUCCACUCCAAGCGCGAGCCCGCAUUCAUCAACGUUACAUCUAAACAAGCUGAACAUGAAUUCUGCUGGGUUUAUGAAGAGACAAGCGAUGGAAAACAAGUUUCUUAAAAUGCUCAUGUCUGUGUUGCUAGUCUACAUCCUGUGUUAUCUGCCGUUUCAAACGCUGUAUCUCGUCAGCCAAUUCCAUUAUGAAUUGUACAGUUUAUCGUACAUGCAGCCAUUGACAGACUUUCUGUACUUGAUUGUUUGGCUGCCGAACGCGCUUAAUCCGGUAUGUUACGGUUGUUUGAACGAGCACUACAAGCGCGCUUUCAAAGCGCUAAUUCUACGGCCUCGCAAGUUCGUACAAACACUUAAAAAGAGAUACAAUUCGACUCAUUCUGUUAUGCUGAGCACCCAAGUAAAUAACCGCAUGUAG